CUUCAGCAAUUAAAGAAACAAAUUCAAAGUCAAGAAGCCGAAAUUCAAAAUCAAAAAAAGAAAAUUCAAGCUCAAGAAAACAAAGCCAUCAUUCAAGAAAAGAAAAUUCAAAGUCAAGCAAAGAAAAUUAAAGAUCAAGAAAACAAAGCCAUCAUUCAAGAAAAGAAAAUUCAAAGUCAAGCAACGAAAAUUAAAGAUCAAGAAAACAAAACCAACAUUCAAGAAAAGAAAAUUCAAAGUCAAGAAAAGAGAAUUCAAGAACAAGAAAACAAAACCAUCAUUCAAGAAAAGAAAAUUGAAGGUCAAGAAAACAAAACCAACAUUCAAGAAAACAAAAUUCAAAGUCAAGAAAAGAGAAUUCAAGAACAAGAAAACAAAACCAUUAUUCAAGAAAAGAAAAUUGAAAGUCAAGAAAACAAAACUAACAUUCAAGAAAAGGAAAUUCAAAAUCACGAAAAUAUGACUCGUAGGCUGGAAAAACAAAACCAAGGUAACAAAAUAAAAGGAUAAUAAAAAUGGUUAAGGUUAUAGAAAGUCAAACAUCCUUUUACUUAUCGAAAACUUUACAUUUUCGGUAAGUUAAAAUCUCUAGUAUGCAUGACAAAAAUUUUUAAAAUAAUUAAAAUUAAAUGAGUUAUAACGGUAACGUUUUUCAAAUUUCAUAAUCGUUUGGGAGAUCGUUAUUAAUGACAACUGAAGGUCAGCAUGUUAAGUUAAAGUGAUUUAAAGUAUCAAGUAUUUUCUUCUACGUCUGCUUUGUGCAAUGUUGUUUGUUGUUAAAAAUUCAUGUUCACAAGAAUACAGACAAGCUGAUAAAGAUUAGGAAAAGUUCCGUGGACUCUCGCCAAACUCUAACACCAAUUCACUUUCAAUUUUAUUAUAAAACAAAUAUUAAAAAAAACAAGUUACACACUACACUAACCCGCAAGUAGUUAAAAACUAAUCUAGGCGGGUAUCGUGUUGAACGAAUAUACAGUAGCAUCAAAAAGAUUAAUAUGCAUGCAGUAUUUAAAUGUAUUGAUGAACAGCAAUUCUAAUUGUUUGAUUGUUUUACAAAAUAGAGAGAAAAGGAAGAAAACAACAAGUAAAUGUACUAGUAAAUGUAAAUGAAUAAUGAUAAGCAAUUGAUAAAUUAAACAGUGUUAUUAAUAGCCUAAUGUGAACUUGUUGUUUUAGUUUCCAGUCGCAAUUUUACUGAAUGUGCAUGGAAAACAAUUUUAUGUUUGUUGCCAUAUAUGCCUUUUAUGUCUGCGGCUCGCAAAUUAUUCUCGCGUUUUUGCUUGUAUUAAUAUAUAGAGGAUAUUAACACGGCGGAGCGAAGAUGUGACUUUUUAUCUUCGAGUGGUGAAAACAAUAUUUUACGAACGAGCGCAGCGAGUGAGUAAAAUAUCGUUUUUAACACGAGAAGAUAAAAGUCAUAUCUUCAAGCCAUCGUGUAAUGUUCUGUUUAUUAUAUAGUCCCAAGCAAAAAAUUGUGAAAUUUCACGCUCAAAAGCAAAUUGGAAAAAGUCACGUAAUCGAUAUCUUCACUAGUGAAGAUAUGGAAAAUAUCUCACUGUGUAUUUUUCAGUAUCUCACUCUCUACUAUAUAAUGAAUAGUAAAUAAACUUCACAAAGACACUUCCUGGCUGGCAAUAACAACUGCUUACUUCAAGCCUCGAUUUCAAGUUAUUGUUUCGUGUGCACUCAACCAAAUUCGAGAAGUGUCUAUUGAUAUCCACAUCUACCCUUAUGGACCCAGAAGAGUAUUAGGCGUGCCCGUCUCAGAAAUAUUUUUGAGUUUAACAGCUUUCAUGAUCAAUACAAACGAAAAAUUAUUAUAUUUUUCAGAUAUUGUGAAGCGUAUUAACAGGUUACAUCCACUACCGUCUUGUUCAGCUUUGGUAAUAAAACAUUCUUCAACACGCAGUGGAAUGUAUUAUAUCAAUCCUCAAGGACUCAGUUCAUCGCCAUUGGUUCAAGUAUACUGCGAUAUGACGUCAAAGAAUGGUGUUGGUGUGACUGUGAUUGGAUAUGACAGUGAAUCAAGAACACUUGUGAAUGGAUAUGAAUCUGCAGGAUCUUACAAACGAAAGAUUAAAUAUGAUAUUUCCAUGGAACAGAUCGUUGCCAUUAUGAAUCAGUCCAAGAAUUGUGAGCAAUUUAUAAAAUAUGAAUGUUAUGACAGCGUUAUGACAUGGAAAAGUAACACUAUUGCUUGGUGGGUAUCACGUCAAGGUUGGAAGAUGAAUUACUGGGGCGGGGCGGCAGUCAACAGUGGAAAAUGUGCAUGUGGAAUGACCAACAGCUGUGCAGGUGGAGGAACAUGUAAUUGCGACAAGAAUGAUUUCGCAUGGCGUGAAGACAGUGGAUAUCUGACUGACAAGAACACACUGCCUGUUACUGAGCUGAGAUUUGGAGAUACCGGUCACCCUAUCGAGAAAGGAUACUACACACUGGGAAGUUUGCGAUGUUGGGGUUAG